AUGCAGAACAUCGGCGGCGAGAACGCUGGUGAUGCGUUCUACAGGUACAAAAUGCCCAAGCUGAUGGCCAAGAUCGAGGGUCGCGGCAACGGCAUCAAGACCAAUGUGGUGAACAACGUGGAGGUGGCUAAGGCCCUGGAGAGGCCGCCAGAGUACCUCCUGAAGUUCUACGGCUGCGAGCUGGGCGCCCAGACCAACUUUGACAAGGCCACAGGCACGUCCAUCGUGAACGGCGCGCACGACCUGCGCAAGCUGGGUGAGCUGACCGAGGCGUUCAUCAAGAAGUACGUGCAGUGCUACAGCUGCGGCAACCCCGAGACCGUGAUGAAGGUCAAGAAGGAGUUCAUCACGCUCAAGUGCAAGGCCUGCGGACACGUGAGUGACGUGGACAUGCGCCACAAGGUGAACACCUUCAUCCUCAAGAACCCCCCGGAGAACAAGCUGUCCAAGGAGGAGAAGAGGCUGAAGAAGGCGGAGGAGGAGCGCAUGCGCGACGCGCAGGACGGGGCCAAGAAGGAGAAGAAGGAGAAGAAGGACAAGGGGGAGAAGGGCGACAAGGAGAAGAAGGAGAAGAAGGACAAGAAGAAGAAGAAGGACAAGGGCGCCGACGGCGAGGACGGCGAGGGCGAGGACGCGCCCGCCGACGUCGAGGAGGGCGGCGCCGCGGACGAGGGCGAGGAGGAGGACGAGGACGAGGUGGUCUGGAUGACAGACACGAGCGCCGAGGCCGUGGCGCAGCGCGCGGCGGAGCAGCUGUCGGCGGCGACAGCGCAGCUGGUGACUCAGGGCAACAUCGAGGCUGAGCUGGAGAAGGAGCGCAAGAAGGCGGAGAAGGAAGCUAAGAAGAAGGCCGAGGAGGAGGCCGCCGCGCGCCGCGCCGCCGCCAGGCUGGCGCUGGAGACCGGCGAGAAGGUGGACCCGGCCGUCGCCGCCGACGCGCUGCGCGAGGUGCUGGCCGAGGGCGAGGCCGCCACGGGCGCGGCGCUGCGCAAGCUGUCUGUCGAGGGCGGCCUGGCCGGUAAGGCGCGCGCGCUGGUGGAGGCCAUGUUUGUGGACGAGCCCGGCGUGGAGGACGGCCCCGCCGCGUCGCUCAAGCUCGCGGCCGGCAUCAAGCGCGGCAAGGGCCUGCUGCGGCUCGUCGCGGACGGCGCGCCGGGCCAGCUGGCCGUGCUCGUUGCGCUGGAGUGGCUGUGCGCGGGCGGCGGGGCGGAGGGGCGCGUGAAGGAGGCGGCGCUGGCGCUGAAGCAGUUGUACGACGAGGACCUUGCUGACGAGGACAUCAUCCUGGCAUGGCACGGCCGCGUCGACGCCGCCAAGGCGCUGGGCGUGGGCCCGGAGGGCGCGCGCGCCGUGCGGGCGGCGGUGGCGCCUGUGGUGGAGUGGCUGCAGGAGGGCGAGGAGGACAGUGAUGAGGAGGAGGAUGACGAGGACGACGAGUAA